UGACAUCAGCGUGACAUCACAGCACAGGUCCUGACUCGUGGGUGUGACAGCGGCGCUCAGGUCUGUUUGUAUGGCGUGAAUGACGCUUCGUGGCUUCCUGUCUCUUUGUCUGUGUGAGCUCGUCUGUUCUCGUGGUCGUCUCCUGCUGGUCGACUGUUUCUCUUCUAUGAAGGAUUCAAAGUUUACCCAGCACAGAGCACCGGUCAGCUACAGGAAGUGGACGGUUUUCGUCCGUUUCCUCUUUUAAAGUAAUGGAAGGGGGCGUGGCCUCUCUGUCCUGCCAGUACUCCGUGCAGCGUUUCGGGCUCAGCCGGGUCUGCUGGGGUCGCGGCUGCGGGACCUUCUGGUGCAGCAACAUCCUGGUGCAGACCGACGAGAACGGCGCCGUCACACAGGUGGAGGACCGCUACCAGCUGACGGGGGACAUCAUGGACGGGCAGAUGGACCUGGACAUCCUGAACGUGAGGCGGACAGACAGCGGGCCGUACUGCUGCAGGGUGGACAUCAACGGGCUCUUCAACGACCAGAAGAUGAUCAUGAACCUGAGAGUGGUCAAAGCUCCGGUCUCGGCGCUCGUCCCCAGCUCUCCUCCUCCAACAACAACAGCGAGCACAACGACGGAGCUCACGACUGAACGAGUGACGGAGUCACCGACCUCCACAGGUGUGACGACAGCCAACUGGAAAACUCUGCUGUCGUCUCAGCUGGACCUUCUGAGGAGAAACUCCACCCUGCUGCACGCUGACACCCUCACUGUGGAGGACACUCUGCCCUCCCUCUCCCUUCAGAUCAACGUUCCCGUCCUCUCUCUCUCCGUCAGCGUGUUGAUGGUCCUCGCCGCAGUGUUCCUCUUCCUGGCCUUCAGACGUGGAAUCUACAGACGAGCCUUAAAGCCCGGCUGCUUCUCCUCUGAAGAACCUCCUCACAUCAUCUACGAGAUCCGCAUGAGGAGGCCGGUGCAGGAGAACAUCUACACUCUGGACUAACAGAGGAACCAGAGCGGCAUUCGUGCAGGGAGGACGCUGGUGACGUUUCUGUUUACACUGUUAUUAGAAACACUGUGAUGAGCUCAGCACUGAGAGUGUGUUUAAUGAUCUCUGCUCGUUGUUCAUGUCUGUUCUACUUUCUCUUUACAUUUGUGACAGAACAAAUAAAGAGGCUGAUGAAUGUGAGAUGUUGUGGUUAAAUCUCAGUGGCCUCCAUCUGUGAUCUCAAUAAUAAAGCUGUAUGUGUGGAAGUCUGAGAGCCAAAUAAAAGUUCUGUCUCA